AUCCGGAUCCGGACGCGCCUGCUAUAUCCAAAAUGCUGCUGGUUUAGUUUUUCGGCCUAAAUCCAGGGUGUGGUCGAAAACACUCCGUCUUUCCUGCACGAUCACUCGGUCUGUUUAUCAGUCGAACUUGUGAGGGGCUGAUCAGAGCUUUAGAAAGCCAUAUUUCGGGUUGAUUGGGGAGAGGCGAGUGGCUGGGCCGCUGUUAGCCCGGGUGGAGUUUCUAUUUACUGCACUAAUGCAGCUUCAUUAGUCAGCGACCGUAGCUGGCUGUGAAAUCUGACGUUAAUAGAGGGUGGAUCGGAAAGCCGCGAAAAACAUAAAGAAUCCCACAGCUGACGACCAAGACUUCGCGGACUACUUCUUAAGUUGGAGUUAAAGCGCUUAUAAACUGACGUUAGCCUACUUAGCCACCCAGCCUGGCUGUCUGAAGGGUGUGAAACUGUAUGAGGCCAUUGUCCUGCAGAUGAGCCAUCUCUGGGGGCUGUCACGGCGCAGACCCAGAUAAUCCCUGGUGGCUGCGGCCCAGGCCCUGCCCCUACCCAGCAUGCCCAACGCUGUUAGAGCGGGGAGUCUGAAGGACCCCGAGAUUGCUGAGCUCUUCUUCAAAGAGGAUCCCGAGAAGCUCUUCACCGACCUAAGAGAGAUUGGCCAUGGCAGCUUCGGCGCUGUUUAUUUCGCUCGAGAUGUUCGCACUUCAGAGGUGGUGGCUAUCAAGAAAAUGUCCUACAGUGGAAAACAAACCAACGAGAAAUGGCAAGACAUAAUCAAAGAAGUGAAAUUUCUCCAGAGGAUACAACACCCCAACAGCAUUGAAUAUAAAGGCUGUUACUUAAGAGAGCACACAGCAUGGCUGGUAAUGGAGUAUUGUCUGGGCUCGGCGUCAGAUGUGCUGGAGGUACACAAAAAACCCUUACAAGAAGUGGAGAUUGCAGCAAUUACCCAUGGUGCUCUUCAGGGGCUGGCAUACCUUCACUCUCACAACAUGAUUCACAGAGACAUCAAGGCUGGAAAUAUCCUGCUUACAGAACCUGGCCAGGUAAAACUGGCUGACUUUGGCUCUGCUUCCAUUGUUUCUCCUGCUAAUUCAUUUGUGGGAACUCCAUAUUGGAUGGCCCCAGAGGUGAUCCUGGCUAUGGAUGAGGGUCAGUACGAAGGCAAAGUAGAUGUCUGGUCCUUAGGUAUUACUUGUAUUGAAUUAGCUGAGAGAAAGCCUCCACUCUUCAACAUGAAUGCUAUGAGUGCCUUAUACCAUAUAGCGCAGAACGAGAGCCCCACACUGCAGUCGAGCGAAUGGACGGAUUUCUUUAGAAACUUUGUGGACUCCUGUCUGCAGAAACUGCCCCAAGACAGACCCACUUCUGAUGAGCUUCUGCAGCAUGCCUUUGUGCUGCGUGAGCGAGCCGAGUCUGUGCUGAUGGACCUGAUCCAGCGCACGAAAGAUGCAGUGAGAGAGCUGGACAACUUGCAGUACCGCAAGAUGAAGAAGAUCCUUUUCCAGGAGGCUCACAAUGGGCCAGUGGUAGAGGCAGUGGAUGAGGAGGAGGAACCGGAGCACAGCGCUGGUCGUACUGGCACAGUAAACAGUGUAGGAAGCAGCCAGUCCAUCCCCAGCAUGUCCAUCAGUGCCAGCUCUCAAAGCAGCUCCGUCAACAGCCUGCCCGAUGCUACUGAGGACAACAAAAGUGAGCUGGACCUGAUGGAGGGGGACCACACGGUCAUGUCUAACAGCUCUGUCAUACACCUCAAACCGGAAGAAGAGGAGGAGAGCCAUCAGGAGACCCCAGAGACUCCCAGUGAGCCAACAGAGGGGCAGUCUCCCACAGCACAGACUCCUCGCCGGCACUACCGUAACAGAGAGCACUUUGCUACUAUCCGCACAGCAUCACUGGUUACACGUCAGAUCCAGGAGCAUGAGCAAAAUUCAGAGCUGCGGGAACAGAUUUCUGGGUACAAGCGGAUGCGCCGGCAACACCAGAAGCAGCUGCUGGCUCUUGAAAACAAGUUGAAGGCGGACCUGGACGACCACAGGCUCAAAUUAGACAAGGAGCUGGAGAGCCAGAGGAACAGCUUUGCUGCUGAGAUGGACAAGCUUGUUAAGAAGCACCAGGCAGCCAUGGAGAAAGAUGCCAAGACCUUUGCCAACGAUGAAAAGAAGUUCCAGCAGCACAUCCAAAGCCAGCAGAAGAAAGAGCUCAACACCUUCUUGGAGUCACAGAAACGAGAUUACAAAAUGCGUAAGGAGCAACUCAAAGAGGAACUAAGUGAAAAUCAGUCUACGCCAAAGAAGGAGAAGCAGGAGUGGCUUUUGAAACAGAAGGAGAACUUGCAGCACUUCCAAGCCGAGGCAGAGGCCAACCUUUUGCGCAAACAACGCCAGUAUCUGGACCUGGAGUGCCGCAGGUUCAAACGCCGCAUUCUUGUUGCUCGUCACAAUGUGGAACAGGACCUGGUGAGAGAGGAGUUAAACAAGCGGCAGACACAGAAGGACCUGGAACAUGCCAUGCUUCUGCGGCACCACGAGUCCAUGCAGGAGCUAGAGUUUAGACACCUGGGCACCAUCCAGAAAACACGGGCCGAGCUCAUUCGCUUACAGCACCAGACCGAGCUCAACAAUCAGAUGGAGUACAACAAGCGCAGGGAGAGAGAACUUCGCCGGAAACAUGUCAUGGAGGUCCGUCAGCAGCCCAAAAGCCUCAAGUCCAAAGAGCUCCAGAUCAAGAAGCAGUUCCAGGACACAUGUAAGAUUCAGACCCGGCAGUACAAAGCUCUGAGAAACCACCUGCUGGAGAACACACCCAAAUCAGAACACAAAACUAUGCUGAAGAGGCUGAAAGAGGAGCAGACUCGCAAGCUGGCCAUCCUAGCCGAGCAGUACGAUCAUUCCAUUAAUGACAUGCUCUCCACCCAGGCUUUGCGUCUGGAUGAGGCGCAGGAGGCCGAGUGUCAGGCGUUACGGAUACAGUUGCAGCAGGAGCUGGAGUUGCUGAAUGCAUAUCAGAGUAAGAUUAAGAUGCAGACGGAGGCCCAGCAGGAUCGAGAGAGAAAGGAGCUUGAGCAGAGGGUGUCUUUACGCAGGGCUCUGUUGGAACAAAAGAUUGAGGAUGAGAUGCAGUCUCUACAAAACGAUCGUUCGGAGCGAAUCCGCAGCCUGCUGGAGCGACAGGCUCGAGAGAUUGAGGCCUUUGACUCAGAGAGUAUGCGUCUUGGAUUCAGCAACAUGGUUCUAGCCAACAUCUCGCCUGAGUCACUGAGCCACAGUUUCCCUGGAGCUCCCGCCAGCUGGGCCCAUUCCUCUGCUUCCCAGAGUUCCCAGUGGAGUGGUAGCUCAGGCUCUAGCCAGCCCUACCACACAGGUCAGGGAGGAUCGCCUGGUCAGCAGAUGUGGGCUGGAUCUGUCUCAGGAGCGACGUCUUCACAGUGGAGCCAUUCGGGCCUCCUAGGGGCAGUGCCAAAGAGCAGCGGGAGUAUGGCCAUGCGCAACAGCCCACAGCCUCUUAGGAGGACCACGUCAGGGGGGCACAGUGAGCAGAGCAUGAGCAGGAGCACCAGCAUCACAUCUCAGAUAUCCAAUGGCUCCCACCUGUCCUACACAUAAAUCCCAGAGUACCGGUGCCAGCCCUACACAUACACACAUACCCAUACACACAUACCCAUAUGCAGGUCAAGGGACCACCAAAGCUAGAGGGGCAUUGAGAGCAAGCUGAACAGGGCUUUUAAAAUUAGUUUGUCCAUUACUAUUUAACCCUUCAUGCCUCCUUCCUGUUCUGUUUGACAGGCUGACGUGUGAGGUAUGGCUAAAUAUCUCUCAGGUUAAUUGGUAUUCUAGUUCUGCAUGACAACUGAUUGGCACACAUGCAGAGCUACAGGGCAUCUAAAAUUCAUCAGCUAAUUUGACUCCUUAAUUUUUUUAAUGCGUUUCCCACUAGAAUUAAAAGAAAAUGCAUGUACAUAUACUUCUGACUCAAAUUGAUUGGUUUAAAUAAUACAGAGAAUUGAUUUAAAUAAUACAGCUGUCUGCAUCAAGACAGGAUAUGUUGCCAUAUUCUCAACAGUUUUGCUCAGCCAAGACAUGUUUGGUGUACAUUUUAUUUUCUAUUGUUCUAUUAUAUUAUUAUACAUAGAUAUAGAGCACCUUAUUUUAUACAGUUAAAAAAAGAAGUAACUGUUUUACCAAAAACAUUUUUGGGUGAAUAGUCCUGCCAAGCCAGCUUGUUACACAAGAUUCGACAUCUAGUAAAGGUCUUGACAUAGAUGGCUUUAAAAAUGCACUGUAUUCAAGUGUGGCGUUGCACAAAGACCUACUAAAAUCCAUCCUAGAAAAAAAUGUUAUCAAUAACACAUGCAAUACAACCACUAGUCAAACUUUAUUAAAGAAGCCAGGUCAUCAAAAUGAAUGACUUGUUGCUGGACAUUGUUUACACAGCACACAAGAGUGAAUUCUGGCCUGUCAUUCAAACUGCAUUCAAUGUACUACAGAGUGUGUAAUUAUACAAUUAAUAUUAAACUAGUCAUACUAUUUAGUUGGUAGGGGUGCGACAGUUUACUUUUAUGGUCCGUCUUCGGGCUUUAAGCCCAAAUCAAAUCUUAUUAGAGAUGAUGGCUGACCUCGUAAGACUAGAGUAACAGCAACAUAUUUUGGUUUUCUAAAUAUGUAAAAAGUCAAUAAUACACUCCAAACAUGUCUUGGCUGCAAAAGAGCAACAACAAAUUGAGUAGGUUUUCUUUCAGGGCUGAUUUAUUCCAUUAUGUUUCUAUUUUGACACAUUGCCAGCCUGCUGUUAUGUCCCAACAAUCAGGUGAAUGUUCUAACUCAGCUGGAGCGUUCAAAUAUAGUUUAUCUUUUGAAAGAAAUAAGCUAUAUUUCUAUCAACUUUAAUAUACAGUGUAUGUUGUAAUAUAGGAGUAAAAAAUGUCUUUCCAUAGUAGGUUAUACUGUAGUUGUGCCAAGACAUCCCCAUACUCCAUACUGCCUGCCAUCAUUCCGAAGAUUUUUGUUGUUGCAAAACACCUUUACUGCCAGCUGUUUUAGAAUUAUGUUGCUUUUCAGAUUUAUAUUUUUGCUUUGUGGUUUCUUCAUAGUUUUUUUUUAAAGAGUAGAACUAUUUUGCCAGCAUUGUUGUUGCUAACAUUAUUUUUAAAAAUAGAAUAUUCCUCUUACAUGCCACUGGUAGCAUGCCAGAGUGACAUUUCUCUAAAAACUAUAGAAAAAUGAGCUAUAACACCUGGUUACUACAAAAGUUAAAAUUCAUGCCAAAAUUACAAUAUACGCCAUGUCCCAUGCAUUUAAUGACUUAUAUUCUGGAAUCAGUUUUUUUUUUAUUCUCGCCAUCUCAUUAAGCAAUGUUUUUAGCCAAAGAAGUCAAGUUUGCUCAGUCAGUGCCUUUUUCCUACAUGUAUGUAUUAAAUGUGCGGUACAUACAUGCAUGGUUCUGAAUGUUUUACACAGACCUUAAACUUAACCCUCUCAUACUCAUACCUCAUUCAACCACAUGGUAGUAAGCUAGCCUGUAAGAUGUGACAAUGCGAAAGGAAUCUGGCAGUAGAAGAGGUUCUUCAGAUGAAAUAGUAGGGGUGUGUGUACCUAAAUAUAGGUUUUAGCACACUGGUGAGGAUAGACUGUGGUUUGUGGUGCCUUUUUCCAAAGCAGCCAAUCAGGAGCACUUUAAGUCGAGUGAAAACUUUGAGCAAAAUACCAAGACACUGAAAUAUACUUUCUUUAACAUGUCAGUUCAUUGCUAGGUUUUUCUCUUAAGGUAAUGCUGCAAUGCACAAUUACUGCUUAUUUGCAUGUGCAAAAGUUAUAUCUUAAUAGGUUAUGGUUUAAUAUUUAGUUUAAUA